UUAGUCACUGCUGAGCAUCAGGUUACGCUGCAGUGUGUCGUAAGCGUUGGUUUUCUUGCAUUAAUAGGAAAAGGGAGAUAAGGGUCAAUCCGUGUUGCUUUUCGAAGUUGAUUUCCAUACCGAGGACAGGGCUGUGAACGCCUUUUCGUAGUCGAACUCCCUCUCUACCUGCUCGACGUUAUAGGAGAAUCCGUAGCUCUGCACAGCGACAUACAGAGGACACCUUUCGAAGCGCUUUCACAUCCCCGUUCAGCCGAGACGUACCAUGUACCAGAAAGCAAAGUUCUUGAGAUACACACACAGAGGGAGACGCGCAAUGAGCGCGAAUGAAGUGCUCUUCUUUCUCUCUGUCUCUCUGUGUCUCUCUCUGUCUCUCUCUGUCUCUCUCUUUGUGUGUGUGUGUGCGUGCGUGUCUGUGUGUGUGUAUGUGUAUCAGCUGAUCAACGCACUCUCAAUAGAUACAGCUCUUUGAUGCUGCUGCCAUCCUCCAAGGACGCUUCCGGGCAGCCCCUGCAAAACAGAGAGACGGGAUUGGCAUGAGAGACAUGGGUAUCGGGCGCGCAGCCAAUCUCACCAAUGCGGUCCGAAUCUAUCAACCCAGGCAAGGUUCACGACCAGCAACGCCGACCCGGAGAUGUCCGACUGCUGCCGAGCGAUGUUAGCCACGUGACAAGGCUUGUCUGUGUGAGUUUCGACGCUGUGUAUGUUGUCCGGCAUGAUAAAGAUCGAUCCCUGGAUUCCUGGGCCGUACUCCAUGCUGUAGGUAUAGAUGUCGUUGAUGUGCGUGAUGAAGAUCUGCAAUGCCAGUUCUCCUGAAAGCCGAAGCCUACAGGCAUAAGACACACACAUACACAUUAGUUAAGUGACUGAGACAGACAACAACAUGAAACUCUGUCCUAGCUGCUUCCCGCGCUUUGUCUUACAUCAUCGGAGACCAGCUGUCAAAGUUUUUCCGCAUGUAUGCUGUAACAGAGAGGGAGAGCUUCAGGUGAGUGGCUCCUUUGAUAGGUCCCGUCAU